AUGGCAUACAGCUUAGUUUUCGAAAAUCAUGGGUCUAAAGUAUUUGCUUAUUAUAGUGUUGAAUUUGCUCGACAGCUGAAAAGAGAGGUAUUGGACAAAGCUGUUCUAAAUAGCUCUGAGGAGUUAUGGCAGAUCCAACUUGGCAAAUACUGCAAAGGAUUGUUAUAUUUUGAAGAAGAAUGGGCAAAUUUUGUGAAGCACCCUGGCCUGCUUAUUGGAGAUUUUGUGGUGUUUGAACGCAAGGAAGACACGGUUUUCGAGGUCCUGUUCGAUGCAACCGCCUGUGAAAAAGAGUUUCCACCCACCAUUGAUUUGACUACUGCCGCUGUUGCUUUCACUGUUCCACAGGAGAAGGCCCUCUUGAAGACGCCAAUAAUAUCUCUCCAAGGGUCCGAAUUUCAUAGCAAAUCAUGA